GCUAUUAUGUUACGAGUUUCGACUCGCAUACGUCAUAGUAUAGUUCUUUCUCUUUUUCUCCGUCUUGCACAGCUGCCUCCGGUCAGUAAGUUAAAGGCUGUCGUACUGUGAGGACGUUUGUGAAUUUAACAUUUUGCUACGACUGUCAGACGCGAUUAAUCCAAUGUUAAAAAAAUAAACCGUAUAGUCGAAACGUUUUAAAAUUAACUUGUCAGUAAUAGUUGAAAGUGAUUAUUCGUAUGUGAAUUAUAGGAAAGUAAUACUUCACUUUCCCCGUACGAUAGUGAACCGGUUGCAUAUAUAUUAUCUAUUGUUUGUUUCCAAAACAUUUUAGGCUUAUAACAUAUCAUUCGAGAUAUCAGUGUAACGCGAUGUAUCGGUAUGUAGAAUAGGGUACGGUUACAUUUACUUGUGAGUGCAUGUGUUACGGCUCAGUGGUUCCAUGGCCCUGUGUCCACUGUUCCAUUGCUAGCGGUCCUGUGAAUCCAUUGACUGAUGGGAGGAUACCUCGCGGUUUGGCUUCACGUACGUCAUGCGGGCCCCCGGGACUACAAGUGAAAUUGGAUUUCUAAAAAACGGCUACCACAGAAACAUCAAAGAUUCUUGCACCACAGGUAAGCUGAGAAAUGGCCGUACCUACUUAUUGAGACUUCUUUCACACUAUACAUAGAUAUACGGGAGGCGCGGACAGUGCCAGCGGCGGCUCAGGCGGGUCUGGUAUGGAGUGCCUCCAGCUACGAUCACCUCCAGGACCAGCCUUCCACUACCUCAUCUCGGAGCAGGCUAAGUCUCUCGUCGCCUUACAGGAACUCCAGAAUGAGGUCGGGGCCCUGUUGGAGUUCCGUGAUCUCGUCAUCGAGACGUUCCCUAACCUUCGGUCCAAGAUGGCGCCGUCGACGCCGGCCAGUGGUACCCGCCGGGACUGGGAGCCAGGGGUCCGUGUGCGACGGAAACUUGCCGCCGGGGGAGGAGAACCCAGGACCAAGCCCCAACCCUCCGUACAGGACUCGGGCUUCAGCACAGAGACCUCCUGCAAGGACGCGCACUCGGCGGCCGCGGCCCGCCCGCGACCGCUCGAAGACGAACUCUGGGCCUUACUCGAUGUGAUACAACGCAAAGGCGUCAGGUUGAGAGACGAAGCGGAACUGUUGAGAGGGGAACUGGAUGAAAAGCAUUCGGAGACGGCCGAGGAAUCCUUUGCCAGAGCGCUGUCUACCAGCGACUGUACGGAUGUCGUGCGGCUGCGGAGCGAGCGGGACGCUCUAUUGGCACACGCUGCGCGUUUAGAAGCUGAGGCGGAAGCGGGAGCGGGAACGACAAGUCCACUGUGCACUCCCCUAGGCCGCCUGGAUCGAGCUCUGGCCACGCCCGCUCGCACGCCGCGUGUGACCACACCCGACUCAAAGAAGUUUGCAGCGAUUCUCCAAGAGAGCAAUCCCGUAGAACUUCGCCGUCAUCUUCUCAUAUCUACGGUACAGAAUCAGGUGUUCAGUGACCAAUUAAGGCGCGCCUCCUCGCAGCGGACCGCUCUACUAGAUCAAUUGAAACUAGUCGGAGAUGAGAACGAGGACCUCAAAUUUAGGCUCGAGGAGAAAUGUAUCGAACUGGAGGGAGCCCGGGCCCGGGUCCGCCAGCUGGAGGCUCAGGGCGUUAGUAAUGCUGAUAGAAGCAGCAUGAGAGACUUGCAGCCCGUGGUGCUGCCAGACGAGCCGGGGCUGUCCGAGACCCCCCGGCAGCGGCCGAGUCGCAUCCCGCGUCAUAAAGCCGCGGCCCCCAGGCCCCCCACCGGCGGGGGGACCGGCUCUGCCAGUGGGGGUACCGGGGUGUCCCGUCCGCCGUCCUCUCACUCGGUCCGCUCGAGCCGCUCGGCGACCUCGUGCCGUAGCCGCCAGCCGUCGUCCGGGGGUCCCGCCCCGCUCGGAUCCCGCAAAGACAAAUCUUCAGUCCCCGUACGCCGCUCGCCCUCUCACGACCCCAAGACGCUGUGGACGGAAAGUGCGCGGGCGUCGCUAGUGUUGGAGUACGUGGCUCGGACCGAGCGGCUCGCCACAUUGGCGCCUCGCCUCGCCACAUUGGCGCCACGCCUCACCACACUGGCGCCUCCACUCUCCACCCCGGUUCCACAUCUCGCCACUCGGGCUCCUCUACCCGGGCCCCCUCUGCCCCGCACGAGGCCCCUUCCAGCCGAACUCGAACUCGACUACCGCCUGGCCUACACCCCGCCUCAGAAUCUAGCACUGGAACUCACCAGGUCCAUCCUGUACGAGAACGCGGACUCCAUAGAGAUCAAACUCAAGUCACUCAACGAAGAUUCGCUGUGGAACGGAAAACCACAGAGAUACUUCGAGAGCAUGAACUACGGUGACGACGAUCCCAAAGACUUUGAGGACGAUUCCUUAGCUUGAUACACACUUUACAGUUAGAGGGUGAUGUGUGUUGAUAGUAACUAACAGUUUACAUUCCGUGCGAAUUAUGAAUUUGUGUAGACGAUGUGAACCAUGUAGCGGCUGUUAGAGACGUUGAAUAAGUAUAGUGUAUAGUGUCCGUUGUGGUUACGAGGUGUGCUACUUACAGGUACGGUAUAUAGAUGCUACGUAGUGUUUCAAAUUAGUCAAAUAUCAACUAACUCCAAAAUGAUUCCUAUAUUCUGCUUGCUAUGUUCUCUGUCUCUUUAGUUUGAAUAGAUUCCUUUGAAAAAAAAUUAUAUCUGUGAUAAUUUCACAUUUAAUGUCAUGAAUUGAUUCAAUAUUUAUUCGACAUCAUUAUUUCAUUCAAAUAUUUAGUGUAAGAAUUAUUAUAUACCGCUGUACAUUUCCUAGUUAAUAUUUUACAUGUAUUAAAAAAAAAAAAACUUUUUUUUAUGAAAAGCGAUUUAAAUGAAAUAUAUUAUUUCCUCAUUUUAAUGUUGGCUGAUGGGUUUAAAAUAUAUGUAUGGAUUGAACUAAACGGAAGUUGUAAUUUUUUUUUUCAUUGAAUGGCCAGAUUGUAAGUGUUAAUAGAGUGAGAGUUUAAGCGACUUUAGCGAGGCUGUGAUGAGGAUUUGGCUGGUUUUAUUAAAGAAAAUUGUUAAAUAUUAAAAUGUAUACUGUCUAAUGUAAUAUUCCAUAUAUAUAUUAAGUGUAUGUUGUAUUCGUGUAUUAUCUUCCGCUGUUACGAACGCGUGUGAACUUUCACGUCCAUUACCUAACGUCCUGUACUGCCUUAAGUUAAUUUCGUGACGUUAACGUGCUUUGUAUAUUGUUUACAGGCUUACAAAAUAGGAGACUGAUUUUGUAUAAAGACAUAGUGUUGUAUGUUCGUUUAUGUCAUAUUGAAUGUUAUUCUGCGGUUUUCUUAAAUUUAAUAGUUGGUGUAUUCCGAUUCUAUAGGACUGUAUUUAAUGUAAUUAAUUAUAAAUAAUAUUAUUAAUAAAAUAGCUUAAUGUGUACAGCUUCAAUUCACGCUACUAGUUGCUGUAAAAUAUUAAGCCACUGUCUAAUUACUAUAAGGAUACUCUUAAAAUAUCUAGUUGACUUGAAUCUAGUUGGACCCGUGUAAAGUUGUACAGAAAUCAUAUCAUUAUAAUUAUAUACAAAUUACUCAUAAAUUGUUCAUAUCAA